AUGCAGUUUCCCGGACUUUCCCCUGGUGCCUCUGCAGCGAUUGUUCCGCAACAUUUAUUGCCUUCCAUGUCGGACAAAUGCGAGCUUCUGGGCCCGUUUGCGCUCGUAAUCCAGCUGUUUCUGGGCGUGCUUGCUCUCUCGUCGCUUGUGUGGAAGCGCUACCGCGAGUACCCGAACCGCAGGCCCUGGAAAGUGUGGUUGUUCGACGUGUCCAAGCAGGUGAUCGGGGCCCUUGGUAUCCACAUGCUGAACGUUUUUAUGAGCAUUCUGGGCGGCCACUCUGACCAAUGGGUUACCACUCUACCAAGCCAGACGUCGCGGUACUAUUUUGCCGCUCCAGCACGCCCAGGCCCGCCGCCCUCGCCGCCACACCCAAAACCAGACUUCGACAAUCCUUGCGACUACUACUUCCUCAAUAUCCUUUUCGACACAACCAUCGGCGUCCCGAUCCUCUGGGGCCUGCUGCAUGUUAUUUUUGCUCUCGCCAGAAACGCAGGAAUCGAGGGCAUCGAGUCUGGGCAAUACGGCAAUCCGCCACGGUACUCGUACUAUUUCAAGCAGCUCGCACUCUAUUUCAUCGGACUCGUGUCCAUGAAGCUCAUAAUCUACAUCCUGCUUGUCGUGUGCCCGUUCCUGGUCCACAUUGCGUACUGGCUGCUCUCCUGGUCGGACCCGGUGCCGAAUCUCCAGGUCGCCUUUGUGGUCCUCGUAUUCCCGCUCGUCAUGAACACGUUCCAGUAUUAUGUCAUCGACUCCAUCAUCCAGAGCCCCGAGUACUCGCACCAGCACGCCAAGUCGCCCGAGGAGCACCCCGAGUCCGAAUAA